GCUGGUGGGAGGUCGUGGGGCGUGGCGUGGCGUGGCGGGGCUGUUGGCUGCUAGGUGAAGACUCCCGGAGGUGUAGUCCCGAAAGCUGCUUUGGUUCUGAGCGACGUGCACGCUGGGAUGGCGCUGAGCUACGAUCCCGCCGUGAACACCGCCGAGGAAGAAGCUGAGGAAGACGCCCCAGCUCACGGCACUGCCCUGGAAGCGUUCGGCGAGAGCGAGGAGACCCGCGCUCUGUUCGGCCGCCUGCAGGCGGUGCACGGCGAGCGCCGGGCGCGGGAGGUGGCGCAGGAGCGGUUCCGCGUAAUAAUGGACAAAUACCAGGAGCAGCCUCAUCUGUUGGACCCACACCUUGAGUGGAUGGUGACCUCCUUGCUGGACAUUGCACAGGACAAGACCUCACCAGGCACCCUUGUACAUCUGGCUUUUAAAUUUCUUUACAUCAUCACCAAGGUUCGAGGAUAUAAAAUAUUUCUUCGUUUAUUUCCUCAUGAAGUAGCUGAUGUACAGCCUGUGUUAGAUAUGAUCUCGGAACAGAACCCCACAGACCAUGAGACAUGGGAGACCCGCUACAUGCUUCUGUUGUGGCUUUCCAUGACCUGCCUGAUCCCUUUCGACCUUUCACGCCUUGAUGGAAACCUGGGUGCCCAGGCUGGGCAGGUGCAGAUGCCCAUCAUGGACCGUAUUCUGCAGAUAGCAGAGUCCUACUUGCUUGUCAGUGACAAAGCUCGAGAUGCGGCUGCUGUCCUGGUGUCCAGGUUUGUCACACGCCCUGAUGUCAAGCAAAGGAAGAUGGCCGGAUUCCUGGACUGGAGCCUCAGCACGUUGGCCCACUCCUCCUUCCACACCAUCGAGGGGGUCAUUGCCAUGGAUGGGACACUACAAGCCCUGGCACAGAUAUUUAAACAUGGGAAGCGUGAAGACUGUCUGCCUUAUGCCACUGUCGUGCUCCAGUGCCUGGACAACUGCAGGCUCCCUGAGAGCAACCAGACUCUGCUGCGAAAGCUGGGCAUGAAGCUGGUGCAGCGACUGGGGCUGACCUUCCUGAAGCCAAAGGUAGCUGCCUGGAGGUAUCAGCGUGGUUCCCGAUCCCUGGCUGCUAACCUGCAGCUCAGUGCCCCGUCUCAGAGUGAGCAGAAGCUGCCUGUGGCGACCUCUGACAGAGACGAGGACUAUGAUGUUCCAGAAGGGGUGGAAAGCGUCAUAGAGCAGCUGCUGGGUGGGCUGAAGGACAGAGACACGGUGGUACGCUGGUCUGCGGCCAAAGGAAUUGGCAGGAUGGCUGGGCGGCUUCCCCAAGAGCUGGCCGAUGAUGUGGUUGGAUCUGUGCUGGACUGCCUCAGUUUUCAGGAAACCGACAAGGCGUGGCAUGGUGGAUGUCUGGCACUGGCGGAACUGGGCAGACGAGGCCUGUUGCUUCCUUCACGACUCCCGGAGGUGGUUACCGUGAUCCUGAGGGCUGUGACCUAUGAGGAGAAGCGGGGUGCCUGCAGUGUGGGUGCCAAUGUCAGGGAUGCUGCCUGCUACGUGUGCUGGGCCUUCGCGCGUGCCUACGACCCACAGGAGCUGGCGCCCUUUGUGGCUGCCCUUGCCAGUGCCCUGGUUGUCGCUUCAGUGUUUGACCGGAAUGUGAACUGCAGGAGAGCGGCUUCAGCUGCCUUCCAAGAGAAUGUGGGGAGACAGGGCACCUUCCCUCACGGAAUUGAUAUCGUGACCACAGCGGACUAUUUCGCAGUUGGCAACACAGCUAACUGUUUCCAGGUAAUAAGUGUGUCCAUUGCCAGCUUCCCCGAGUACACCCAGCCAAUGAUUGACCACCUGCUCACCAUGAAAGUCAGCCACUGGGACAGGGUUAUCCGAGAACUGUCAGCAAAGGCACUGCACCGGCUGGCCCCAUGGGCGCCUGAGUACUUCGCCACACACGUGCUCCCUGCCCUGCUGUCAAUGACGCUGAGUCCAGAUCUGCACACGCGACACGGUGCCAUUCUUGCCUGCGCAGAGGUCACCUACGCCUUGUGCAAGCUGGCAGCACAGAAGGACAGGCCCAUCACAGACUACCUGGAUGAGAAGAUGGUGCAGGGCCUGAGGCAGAUCCAUCAACAGCUUUCUGACCGGCACCUGUACAGGGGCCUUGGAGGAGAACUCAUGAGACAAGCAGUGUGUGUCCUGAUAGAGAAACUGACCCUCUCCAGAAUGCCUUUCAAAGGUGACCCUGUCAUCGAUGGCUGGCAGUGGCUGAUAGAUGACACGCUGAGAAAUCUCCACCUUGUCUCAAGCCAGUCCAGACAGCGGAUAAAGGAUACAGCCGUGUCAGCCCUGGCUGCUGUCUGCAGUGAGUACUACCAGAAAGAGCCCCGGGAGGCCAGUCCCGCCAUCCAAGAGGUGCUCAUCCCGAGGUACCUUGUCGAGCUCCAGAGCCCGGAGGAGAUGGUUCGCUGUGGCUUUGCAUCUGCCCUGGGUGCCCUGCCCUGCUUCCUUCUUCAAGGCCGACUCCGGCAGGUCCUGGAUGGUCUGAGUGUGGUCACCCGCACCUCCUCGAAGGACAUGGGCUUUGCUGAGGCCAGGAGGGACAGCUUGAGGGCCAUUGCAAGAAUCUGCCAGACUGUGGGUGUGAAGGCUGAGGCGGCUCCGGAUGAAGCUGUGUGCAGACAGAACGUUGCCCAGGUGUACACAAUACUGCUGGGCUGCAUGGGUGACUACACCACAGACAGCAGGGGCGACGUGGGGGCCUGGGUCCGUGAGGCCGCCAUGACCAGCCUGAUGGACCUGACUCUGCUGCUGGCACAGACGCAGCCUGCACUUAUUGAGGCACACGUCUGUGAGCAAGUCAUGUGCCGCGUGGCCCAGCAGGCAAGCGAGAAGAUCGACCGAUUACGUGCCCACGCUGCCCACGUGUUCCUGACGCUCCUGCACUUUGACAGUUCCCCUGUCCCCCACGUGCCCCACCGCAAGGAACUAGAAGUACUAUUCCCCAGGUCCGACGUGGCCACUGUGAACUGGAACGCAGCCUCACAGGCCUUCCCUCGCAUCACCCAACUCCUGGGGCUUCCCACCUACCGCUACCACGUGCUGCUGGGACUGGCCGUGUCUGUGGGUGGCCUGACCAAGUCAACGGUCAAGCAUUCCACCCAAAGCUUCUUUGAGUACAUGAAGGGGAUUCAGCAGGACCCCCAGGCCCUGGGCAGCUUCAGUGAGACCCUCCUGCAGGUCUUUGAAGACAACCUCCUAAAUGACAGGGUGUCUGUGUCGCUGCUGAAGACGCUGGAUCAGAUGUUGGCUAAUGGAUGCUUGGACAUUUUCACCAAGGAGGAAAACCAUCCCUUCUGUGUGAGAUUGCUUGCACUCUGUAAAGAAGAGAUCAAGAAGUCAAAAGACAUCCAGAAGCUUCGGUCCAGCAUCGCAGUCCUCUGCGGCAUGGUGCAGUUCUGUGGCGACGUGAGAAAGAAAGUGCUCCUGCAGCUCAUGCUGCUCCUCUGCCACCCAUUCCCCGUGAUCCGGAAAGCCACAGCGAGCCAGGUGUACGAGAUGGUGCUCACUUACAGCGGUGUGCUGAGUGCUGACGUCCUAGAUGAGGUCAUGGCUGUGCUCAGUGACACGGCCUGGGAUGCUGAGCUCCCGGUCGUCAGAGAGCAGCGGAAUCACUUGUGCGACCUCCUUGGUGUGCCCAGACCCCAGCUGGUCCCCAAGCCUGGUGCCCACUGAAGCUGGUCCUGGUGCUAAGCUGCUGCAUCUGCCUGGCAGGGACGUCCUGCACUCAGUGCUGCUGACCAGCCGCACCAGAGUCUGGUGCCCAUGUUGGCGUCUACAGAGGGACGCGCCGCCUCCUCCUCGCGUGCACAUCUGCUGUUGCCUCACACAAAUGUGCUCCCAUAAAGUCAUAUUCCAAACAGCC